CUUUCCUGGCUUUAGAUCUGAAAUCCCAAACCCAUGGCUUAUUCCUUCUUUGUUGACCAUUAAAGGAAACUCUUCAGGGUCUGUUUCUGUGGAGGAAGGAGAGCUAUGGGGUUGGUGGGUGUCCAUGAAAAUGGGAAUGGGGAAAUGGGUUUGUCUUUGGGGAAGAAUAACAAGUACAAGAGGAUGGAUUCUGAGCUAUCUGAUGAUUUUGAUGAUGAUGCCUCACAUCAUCAUCAUCAACUGGAGAAGAAGAAAAGUACCAGGAAAUAUGUUCUUGCUUGUGCCAUUUUUGCUUCUCUCAACAAUGUACUUCUUGGCUAUGAUGUAGGUGUUAUGAGUGGAGCAAUUAUAUUUAUACAAGAAGACCUGAAAAUAUCCGAGGUGCAAGAGGAAGUUCUCGUCGGGAUUUUGAGCGUCAUUUCGCUUUUGGGUAGCUUAGCCGGUGGAAGGACAUCGGAUAUCAUCGGUAGAAAGUGGACAAUGGCCUUUGCUGCUGUUGUGUUUCAAAUUGGUGCAGCUAUAAUGACGCUUGCAGGCACGUUUGAAGUAUUAAUGAUCGGACGAGUUUUGGCCGGGGUCGGUAUAGGCUUCGGAGUCAUGAUUGCUCCGGUCUAUAUCGCGGAGAUAUCCCCAACCGUCGACAGAGGAUAUCUUACCUCCUUCCCUGAGAUUUGCAUAAAUCUAGGUAUUUUGCUUGGUUAUGUCUCCAACUAUGCAUUUUCUGGUCUUUCGGUACAUAUAAACUGGAGGGUAAUGCUGGCUGUUGGAAUUUUACCGUCACUCUUCAUCGGAUUCGCACUUUUUGUUAUCCCUGAAUCACCAAGGUGGUUGGUCAUGCAGAACCGAGUCGAUGAAGCUAGAUCAGUGCUAUUGAAAACAAACGAAAACGAGAAAGAGGUGGACGAGAGGCUCUCGGAAAUAGUAGCAGCGGCUGGAAUCUCCAACGGAGAGAAGAAUGAAGAGAAGGCCGUAUGGCGUGAACUAAUAAGCCCUUCACCUUCACUUCGUCGAAUGCUGAUCACAGGCUUCGGAAUUCAGUGCUUCCAACAAAUCACAGGAAUAGAUGCAACUGUGUACUAUAGCCCCACAAUCUUCAAGGAUGCAGGGAUCGAGAAUAACUCGAAAAUUCUCGCUGCAACCGUCGCGGUUGGUGUCACAAAGACUGCUUUUAUAUUGAUUGCAACAUUUCUUGUUGAUAGAAUAGGGAGGAAGCCCUUGCUCUAUGUUAGCACAACUGGAAUGACCGUCUGUUUGUUUACCUUAAGCCUUAGCUUGGCCAUACUGGGGAAAGGGCAGCUUGGAAUUGCAAUGGCAUUGUUGUGUGUUUGUGGAAAUGUUGCAUUCUUUUCUGUGGGAAUGGGUCCUGUUUGCUGGAUCUUGACAUCCGAGAUCUUUCCCUUGAGGUUACGAGCUCAAGCGUCGGCUCUCGGCGCCGUAGGUAACAGGUUAUGCAGCGGCUUCAUUGCCAUGUCGUUCCUCUCUCUCGCCCGUACAAUAACUGUGGCCGGAACCUUUUUCUUGUUUUCGUUGAUGUCGGCUCUUUCCGUUCUCUUCAUUUACAAACUUGUUCCGGAGACGAAGGGAAAAUCAUUGGAACAGAUUGAGUUGCUUUUCCAAAAUCACAAUGAAUGGCAUGGAAGUGAAAUAGAGCUAGGAGACUCUGAGCAUCUAGUACACAAAACAUAACCACUUGGGGAUUGUCAAGGUGGGAUCAUACAAUUGUUUUUAUCAUU